GAAGAAGAGCUGGAGGAAGAAGAGAGAAUUGCUCUGCUGAUUCGAAAAUGUCGCAGCAUGAGGGUCCUCCGCCAAAUCCACGCGCGCUUGCUCACUCAUGCGAUGCCCAUCUCCUCCGUUUCCUUUGGUCUCUGCAAGAUCAUUGGCUUCUGCGCUCUUUCCCCCUACGGCGACAUCGACUACGCUCGGAAGCUCUUCUCUCAAAUCCAAAGCCCAAACAUAUUUUCUUGGAAUUCCAUGAUAAGGGGUUGUUCACAAUCUCAAACCCCAUCUAAGGAGCCCGUUAUUCUUUUCAGAAAAAUGGUCAGAAGAGGGUACCCCAAUCCAAACACCUUCACGAUGGCCUUUGUUCUCAAGGCGUGUUCGAUCGUAUCUGCCUUGGAGGAAGGCCAACAGGUCCACGCCAAUGUUCUGAAAUCCGGGUUUGGUUCUAGUCCCUUUGUUGAAACUGCAUUGGUGAAUUUCUAUGCGAAAUGCGAAGACAUUGUGCUUGCAAGUAAGGUGUUUGAUGAAAUUACUGACAGAAACUUGGUUGCUUGGAGCACCAUGAUUAGUGGGUACGCGAGAAUUGGGUUGGUUAAUGAAGCAUUGGGUUUGUUUAGAGAUAUGCAAAAGGCGGGCGUCGUGCCUGAUGAGGUUACUAUGGUCAGUGUGAUUUCUGCUUGCGCUGCUUCCGGGGCUCUGGAUACUGGUAAAUGGAUGCACGCGUAUAUCAAUAAGCAGCUCAUUGAAACAGAUCUUGAGCUUAGUACUGCACUGGUUAACAUGUAUGCAAAAUGUGGGUGUAUAGAAAGAGCUAAGGAGGUUUUUGAUGCAAUGCCAGUGAAAGAUACUAAAGCUUGGAGCUCAAUGAUUGUUGGGUUGGCAAUUAAUGGGCUUGCAGAAGAUGCUUUGGAGGAAUUUUUUCGGAUGGAAGAAGCCAAGGUGAAGCCAAACCAUGUAACUUUCAUUGGCGUUCUAUCUGCAUGUGCCCAUAGUGGGUUAGUCUCUGAGGGUUGGAGAUAUUGGUCAAGCAUGCUGGAAUUUGGAAUUGUACCAUCAAUGGAGCUUUAUGGUUGUAUGGUUGAUCUACUCUGUCGAGCCAGCCUUGUUGAAGAUGCCUGCACUCUUGUAGAAACCAUGCCCAUCUCACCAAAUCCCGUAAUUUGGCGAACUUUACUGGUGGGCUGCAAGAAGAGUAAGAAUUUGGAUAAAAGCGAAAUUGUUGCUCAGCGGCUUCUUGAGUUAGAACCACAUAAUGCAGAGAACUACAUCCUCCUCUCAAAUUUGUAUGCAUCAAUGUCCCAAUGGGAGAAGAUGAGCCAGGUGAGAAAGAAGAUGAAGGGCAUGGGAAUCAAAGCAGUGCCUGGGUGCAGCUCCAUUGAAGUGGAUGGUUUGGUGCAUGAGUUCGUGAUGGGUGACUGGUCUCACCCCGAGGCAAUGGAGGUCAGAGAAAUCUUGAGGGAUAUUUCCAAGCGGGUCCAUGCUGUUGGGCACCAACCAGGGAUUUCUGAUGUGCUGCACAACGUGGUUGAUGAAGAGAAAGAGAAUGCUCUUUGUGAGCACAGUGAGAGGUUGGCCAUUGCUUAUGGGCUAUUGAAGACUAAAAGACCAAUGGCAAUAAGGAUUGUAAAGAAUCUAAGAGUUUGUGGGGACUGCCAUGAAGUGACAAAGAUUAUCAGCGCAGAGUACAGGCGUGAGAUUAUUGUCAGGGACCGGGUUAGAUUCCAUAAGUUUGUCAAUGGCUCAUGUUCAUGUCGGGAUUUCUGGUGAAUUGUUCUUGUGAAUCACCCCUGCAUGUGAUAGAAACUCAAACACACAAAACCGCACCGAGACCAAUCAUUUAAGCUCAAUAGUCAAGACAAGGUUCUCAAAUGGCAGUGGUAUAUGUCACAGCAUCCACAUCUAAAAGGAAGACUUUUGAGUGGAGGAAAAGCGGGAAAUUAGGCGAGACAAGGCACACGUGCGUUGAAGGUACCAAGUGCCACCGCCCCUAGUGAGGAUAAUGAGAGGCAUAGACAAUUGAGAAGGACAGAUCGAUCUUCUCCGAACUGUAAGCGUGGAAUUCUGAUGCCAGCCUUGGCGGCCAAUUCGGAUGUCACAUUACUCAAUAUUGACUAUUUAUUUCUCAAUUUUUUCCAACUGUGUUAACUUUAAAUUGAUUAGACUAAGCACCGACCAAGGUGACUAGACUGCUCCCGAGCUAGCCAGUUAGUAUUGUUGCCUUUUAAGCUUCAUAAAAGGGUACUCAAAGUUUGCCAUGCCAUUGAUUGAUAUUUUAAAGUGAUGUGAAAUUUACACCG